AGUGAAACACCACUUGCUCAGCGGGAGCUCAUUAAUGCGCGCAAUAUCGUUGUUACUGCUUUCGAAACUCGUCGACAAGGUGAUAUUUUUGCCUGCUUGUUUCUCGACUUCUGGCCAUUUUUGAACUUUCGCUUACUUGGUGGUGCGCCAACAACUAUGUUAUAAAGUUCAACCAAUAGUUCACCUUUGUGCAGUUGAUUUCUGCUUGUGAUAGUCUACAAAGCUAACGACGAUGGCAAGAUAUACUCGAAUUCCGGGAUCACUUGCAUUGAUCACACUUACAAAUCCGCCUGUGAAUGCACUGAGCAUUGCAGUGCGACAGGGCAUCAUUGACACAAUGAGCAGGGCCCUCAGUGACCCGGAAGUGAAAGGCGUGGUGCUAUGCGGGGAGAACAGGAAGUUCUGUGGGGGGGCCGACAUCAGGGAGUUUGCUGGGCCAAUGAAGGGGCCGCACCUGGUCCCGACGUUCGAUUCCAUUGAAGCCGCAGAGAAGCCCGUGGUGGCAGCCAUCGAGGGCGUGGCUCUGGGCGGGGGCCUGGAGCUGGCACUGGCCUGCCACUACCGCAUUGCCCACGUGAAGGCACGGCUGGGGCUGCCCGAGGUCACCCUGGGUCUGCUUCCAGCAGCAGGGGGAACCCAGCGUCUGCCUAGACUCAUCGGGGUGCCCGCUGCGCUCGACCUCAUCACCACAGGGCGGCACGUGUCUGCACAGGAGGCGCUGAAGCUGGGCAUUGUGGACCGUGUGACGGACGGGGACGCGCGGGAGGUGGCGGCGGAGUUGGCGCGGAGCGUGUCAGCGGAGCGGCCCCUCGCCCUGCCCCGCCUGAGCGCCCAGCCGACCCCCCGCCCCCCCGACCUGGACGCCCUCCUGGAGGCGGCGAUGGCGCAGGUCCGGCGGCGCGCCCGGGGGGCCCUGGCGCCCGUGGCCUGCGUGCAGGCGGUCGCGGCGGCCGCCAACCUGCCCUACGGCCAGGGGAUGAGGAAGGAGAGCGAGCUGAUGGACACCCUGUUCGGCUCGGGACAGGCCCGGGCCCUGCAGUACUGCUUCUUCUCCCAGAGGGCUGUGGGGAAGUGGAGCAUGCCCAGCGGAGCGCGCUGGGACAACAGCGCCCCCCGCCCGGUCCGCAAGGCCGCCGUCAUAGGUCUAGGCACUAUGGGGAGAGGGAUAGUCGUGGCCUUCGCUCGGGCGGGGAUCCCGGUAGUUGCCGUAGAGAUGGACGCAAAGCAGCUGGAGGCGGGCAGUCAGGCGGUGGCCGGCAUGUUGGAGAGAGACGCGGCGAGGCGGGGGGCGGAGUCGGCCCUGGGCCUGGUGCGCUACGCGGCGGACCUGCGGGACCUGCGCGAGGUGGACCUGGUGGUGGAGGCCGUGUUCGAGGACCUGGCCCUGAAGAGGCAGGUGUUCGGCGAGCUGUCGACCGCUUGUGAGCCCGACACCCUGCUCUGCUCCAACACCUCCAGCCUGGACCUGGACCAGUUGGCGGCCGCCGUCCGCCGCCCGGAGCUGGUGGUGGGCAUGCACUUCUUUGCCCCGGCGCACGUGAUGAAGCUGCUAGAGGUCGUCUGCGGGCCGCGCUCCGCCCCCGCCGCCGUGGCGACGGUCAUGCAGCUGGGCAAGAGGCUGGGGAAGGUGAGCGUCGCCGUGGGCAGCUGCCCGGGCUUCGUGGGGAACCGCAUGCUCAUGCCCUACCUAAGGCAGGCCAGCUUCCUGCUGGAGGAAGGAGCCUCGCCCGAGCAGGUGGACGGGGCGCUGGAGGAGUUUGGCUUCCCCAUGGGCGUGUUCAGGAUGUCCGACAUGUCCGGGCUGGACGUGGGGUGGAGGGUGCGCAAGGAGUUGGGGCUGACGGGGCCCGGUGUGGCCCCGGGGGAGCCCGCGCGCAGCCGGCAGGGGUCCAGGUACUGCCCCCUGGCGGACCUCCUGUGCGAGCAGGGUCGGCUGGGCCAGAAGACGGGGAGCGGCUGGUACCUGUACGACGGGCCCGGAGGGCAGGAGGCCAGGCCCGACCCCUGGAUGCGGGGCUUCCUGGAGGAGUACCGGAGCCUCCACGGCCUGCGCGCGCGCCCCAUCGGCCAGCAGGAGGUGCUGGAGCGCUGCCUGUACGCGCUCACCAACGAGGGCUUCCGCGUCCUGGAGGACGGCAUGGCCGCGGGGCCCGAGGACGUGGACGUCAUCUACGUGGUGGGCUACAGCUGGCCGGCGCACACGGGCGGGCCCAUGUUCCACGCGGCGGCCGUCGGCCUGCCCGCCGUCCUGGACAGGCUGGAGCACUACCACCGGGCCCACCCCGACGUCCCGGAGCUCCAGCCCAGCCCCCUCCUGCGCAAGCUGGUCGCCAUGGGCAGCCCGCCCAUCCACAAGUGGAGGGAGGUCAUCAAGGGCAUCCACAGUCAGCUGUGAGAAGCCCAGGUCACCACCAUUCCAGCUCAAAUAAGUUGAUCAGUUAAUCAUUUAAUUAAGUGCCUCCGUGUUUCUUUGCUCUUAUAAUAAGAAGUGACUGUGAAUGAUGUAACAAUGUUUCUGCCGCCCUGAUUCGUCAAAACCAGUUGUCCUGGAGGACUGCAGUGUCCUGAAGGUUUCUUAUGUAGGCGCAUGCACACAUGACCUCAGAAUCACCAACUAGUUCAGGUCCAGGAAACCAGGUGAAGUGAGUUAACUGCAAUAAACUACUUUAAUUGAUCAAUAAGUGCUGAAUAACAACAAAAAAACCAGCAGGUUUUUGGCGCUCGAUGGGCUGGACCAACUGAGUACUGGUCCAAACUAUAGGUAAUUUUUGACUGUAUUCAACUGAGAAAAACCUUGAAAAGUUUCAGCUAAACUAUGACUAUUAAAGGUGCUAUAUAACCCCGACUCAUUACAUUACAUUUACAUAAAAUUUAUUUAGCUGACACUUUUAUCCAAAGCAAUGAAAAAAAAAAAGUCCAUAUCAUGGUCAUUGAAAAAACUCAUGUUUUGAGUCGGGAUUACGGUUCUCUAGACACUGGAUGGAGUUUCAAAUAAACCGCUCCUUUGAUGACAGGGCAGAAGCUGGUGAGGAUUUUGGAAUAUGCACAACAAGCAAACUUUGAUCAUAACCUUUAUAUUUUUUGGCUUUUGUGAAGUCUGAAAAUGGAGAUGACAAAAAGCUGAAAAUGCUUUUUAUCAUCUUUUCAAACAGCUGAAAAUAAAUGACUAAAACAUC